UAGGAGUUCCCAAAACACAAGCAAGAACCACAAUAAACAAUCAGCAUCAUCACACAUUAAAACCACACAUCAGAAAAAUAUCCCAUUUUCCCGAGAAAAAAAAAUGAAGGGUGGAGUUAUAGCAGUGAUCGCAAUUCUUGCCGUUUUCCAAUUGGCUGUACAACACGGGCAUGCAGUUACAUGCGGUGAGGUGGACGUAUCUCUCAUGCCGUGCAUCAACUACCUAAUCGGGCACGACAGCAGCCCAUCACCGGCUUGCUGUGCGGGGGUAAAAGCGGUAAAAGGGAUGGCUUGUUGUGGCUGUGUCAAAGCUGCCGCUAACCGCUACACCGACUUAAAGGAUGAGGCGGCUCAGAGCCUGCCCACUAAGUGUGCCGUUCAGCUCGACAUUCCUAUCUCUCGUACUGUCGACUGUACCAAGAUCAACUAAGAAGGGAUUACGGGAGGAGGUAUGAAGAAGAUUGGAAUGGAGAUGUAGUUUAUAUAUGAGAUGAUUAAUAAUAGGACUAUUUAUAGAUAGCUGAACAAAUAAGUUGGGACUUGAUCUAUGGUUCAAGAACCUCGUUUCAAUAACUAAAGCUUCAUCGAACUCUAUCGUUGAGCUUUUCAUAUUAUUAUGAAGUAUUUAUACUUAUUAUAUUUAUACUUA